AUGUCAACAGUUACACAUAGGCCAAACAAUGUUGACAAUGGCAAGGCUAGGCAGUCACAACAACAACAAGCUGCUACAGCAACUGCUGCUUGGUUACAGACUUCAAAGAAGGAUGGCUCAGCAAGUUCAGUGACAACCUCAACUUCAACCUCAGGAUCAGGAUCAUCAUUAUCAUUGACAUAUAUAUAUAAUAGGAACAUUAUAAUCAAGUUAGCAUUGCUGACUAGAAUAUGUAUAUGGAUAUUCGCAUUCGUUGUGACAAGAUGGUUGAGUGCAUUCGAUAGCUCAUCAUCAUUAAAGUCACUAUCACCUCUGAUUAACACGACCAACAACAUGACGAACCCUUCAGAAUGGCUCACAUCACAUCAUUCAUCGAUUGUAGACAGUACUAUAUACCGUGUCUUUGUCAAAUGGGACAGCUUCUUCUAUCUACGCAUUGCAGAGUAUGGCUAUGAGUAUGAACAGUUCCACGCCUUCUUCCCAGCCUAUCCACUACUGAUCAGAUGGGUAUCAAAUGCAUUGUCAUUCAUUAGCCUUGGUCACCUUCAUCACUAUGACGCGUUGGUGCUCAGCGCAUUCAUUAUCAGCAAUGUAUCAUUCGUCAUGUCUGCAGUGCAGCUGUUAAAACUUGGCAUCGUCAUAUUCAAUGGACACAGACUGGCAUUUGUGGCCGCGGUAUUGUACUGCAUCAAUCCGGCAAAUAUAUUCAUGUCGGCCGUGUAUACGGAGAGCGUAUUCAAUCUGUUUGUGUUUGCCGGACUGUAUUACUUGCUGGGCGGUCGCUUCUAUCUUAGCCCGUCACGCCAGCUUGGCUUGGACCGCAUGCCCACGUCACGCAUGGUGUUCAGCUCGAUGGUCGGCUCACUACUAUUCGCCGCGGCAACGUUCACUCGCUCCAAUGGCAUCCUCCUCAGUGGCUUUGUAAUAUUCAAUCACAUGGCGCCACUGUUCACGCGACUCUUCCGCAGGGCGUUCAUCGUGCUCAACGCGCUGACGCAGAGGAAACGCUCGUCUCCCGCGCUGUCGCACUCCACAUCGUUUGGCAACAUUGACGCGCUGGCCGGCAUGGGCGUCGGCGAGUUCAUCCUACGUCUGCUGCUCAUCGUGGUGCAGGUGGCCGUCGUCGUGCUGCCCUACAUCCUCUUCCAAUACUAUGGCUACCAGCGAUAUUGUUCGCGAACACUGGACGACAGCAAGUAUGGAGAGUGGCCGCGACCAUGGUGUGGCAAGCCAUUCCCCAACAUCUAUGCGUUUGUCCAGCAUCAUUAUUGGAACCAGGGAUUCUUCAACUAUUACACCGUGCAGCAGAUCCCCAACUUCCUGCUGGCCGCUCCAAUGGUCGUGCUGUCUGUGUGCGCGGUCGUGUCGUACGUGCGUCACUAUGCGCGCAACCCGUAUGACAUGAACCCAGCGGUGGCCUCGCGUAUCCAUCGUCUAAAGAUCAAGGUUGGCGGCCAGGCAUCACCGUACCACACUCCCAACCUGUUGCCAUUCGUCACAUACCUGGCCAUCAUCACGAUAUUCUCUGUUACCUUUAUGCAUGUACAAGUGAUCACUCGAUUCUUUACUCAUUCUCCACUUAUAUUCUGGUUCGCUGCCAAGCCUUUCGUCGACAUUGACUCAUUGUCAUCCUCCAGCUCACAACAACAACAUCGAGUCGGUACUGGAAGCAAUAGAUUGUUCUCAUCACAAACAAUGAUCACUGGAUACUUCAUGCUUUACAACAUACUUGGAUGUAUACUUUUCCCAAACUUCUAUCCAUGGACAUGA